CUCUUCUGCUUUGCGUUCACUCCUCCCCUGCGUGUGUGAGUGUGCGGGUGGUGUAGCAGCAGCUUAGCUUUGUAGAGUGAGAUGGCUAUCCGAUGGCAAUGCUGAGAAUGGAACAGCAUAGCAAUGGCAAUCACAGCUCGAGCCAACAGUCAGUGAAACCAGUCUUUCAUGACUUUAUGGGCAUGAAGCCCACUGAUUCGCCACUUGUUGCGGCCCCCAAAACCGCUGAUACGAGGCCGGCGGAGGCGUCGCCGUCGUCGGCGUCAGUCUCUGUUGGCGCCCCUUCGGGUGUUGCCCGUGGCCCCCUCUCAACCACCUCUGAUACCGCUUCUGACAGACAGUUAGGAAAUCACCUCGAGGGAGUCCCAUUCUAUAGCUCAAGGAGUGAUCUUUCUGGCACUGAGAUUAGUAACAGAAUAGUAGGAAACAAGAGAAGUAACUCUGAUUCCAGUUUUAUGAGUUACUCCAGAGAUGCCUUCCAAAUGGUUCCUGACUCUCUUCAAAAUUUGCAUUUAAUGAAGUCAAGGAAGCCGACUUCUGCUUCUCACAUAUAUCAGCCUUCCAUGGGCGCUAAGACUGACGUCAAUAAAUGGGAGCGGUCUAUUCUCAUGAAUACUGGUUCUUCCAUGCAACAUCCACCACAUGGCGGUCAAUUAGCAUCCUUUGUGCACCAGAUACCUUCUAACAAGAGCAGGGAUGCUAAUGCUGGUCCUUCAUUUAUUUCUCAUUCCGCUGCUGAUGAAGGAUCUAGAACAGGAAUCAAGGGCCCUGGGAUCUUGAGUUCCAUGAACACUACCACCGCUGCUUAUGAGAAAUCUCUGUCUGCACUUGGCGGAAGCAGGCCAAAGCCAUUGACCGGUAUAAUAGACCCAGAAUCUUCCAUGCCUCCAAGUCAACAGGGUUUAGCAUCUGCCAGCUGCCAGAUGACUAUUUUUUAUGGGGGUCAAGCUCACGUUUUUGAUAAUGUCCACCCCAAUAAGGCAGAAAUUAUAAUGGCUUUAGCUGGGUCAAAUGGUGGGUGUUGUUCCACAACAUACUCCCAAAAACCUGCCGUGAAGCUCCCUAAUCACAGCCACGUGCCGUGUGGAGAUAGUGAGACUGGUAUGGUGAGCAAGAUUACACCCCCGCAGGCGCCUCAAGGGGGAUCAUCUUUCGCAGGCACUUCUAAUCUUGCCAUCAAACCUGGCAAUCGAAUGUCUACUCAAGCAGGGGCACAUCAGGGGAGGAUUGUUGCCAAUGAAGACGUCAGGAAUUCAAUUAAAGCAUCAGAUCCCAGUUAUGAGGGCAAAAGGACGCGAUCACAUUGAAUCUCAGCCUCUAUUCUGAGCUGUAGUCGGUUCCCGUUGAUUAUAGGCCUUGAGGAGAACAGAGAUUGCCCUUAUUCUGAAUGCUGUCUGAUUUUGUUCUGCUCGACUCUAUUGUUGGUUUAGUCUUUCUAUUGUUAGUAGUAUAUGGCGGGCCAAUGAUAGAUUAAACAGGCUUGACAGCCACAUCAGAUUCACUCUCAGAUAAACUUAUGAAGUUGAUGGUAUCUAAUUGUUGAUAUCCUUUGCCAUUUUGCCAUGUCAAUAUAGAAUAUAAAAUGUGUAUUAA